UACCUAAUCCAAAUGAGGUUGGAACUUCUCAUUGGAAUUUUUAUUAUAAUAUUUGUGUCAAAUGGACAUGCAGGUCGAGUCAGAUUUGAAAGCAAAAUCUCAACGCCUAAUAAAGCUAUUAGAGGUAAUGGAUAUUUAAAUCCGAAGACAAAGCAACAAAUUCCCAAAAAAUCUGCGAUGAAAAUGCGCAAAUUCACCCAAAGCUUCAACCAUGUUUCUACACCAAAUGGUCAUGAAAUGGAGUAUUCAAUGCAACAUGAAGUGUAUAAUCCCAAACCCCGCUCUAAACCAAAACCAAAGACAGCUCUUGUUCAAGAACCAGCCCCUUCACAACCUGCACCUGUGCCUCAACAACAAGAGACUGUUAAACCUCCACAAUCAACACCGUGGGACAAAAAUGAGUUGAUUGAGCAUGUUAUUGCUGCUUACAAGAAUUCAUGCAAAAGUUCUGAUAUUGUCAUUUUUUCACCAGAGGAGAAGCAUAAAUUAAUCUCGUCAAUUAAAAAAAUGCCUCUUGUUGCUAACAACUUUACUUGGGUGAUGAAUGUUGAAAUGUUUUGCACCUUGAAUUUUUGGCGUGUACACUCUUGUUUCAAUAUGCCUUUGGAAGGUGGAUUCAAAACGGCACUAGCUACUAAUGGGAUCGAAUUCAAUGAUAACAGCGGUGCGCAUGGUUCCGUAUGUGCAUUAAUUAGAAAAUUUGAAUCUGAUGAGUUGAAAGAAUCGAGAACUUUGGCGAAAGAUGAAUUAAAGGAUAAUUUAGCCCAUAUUUUGCUUGAUGAAUUUCACAAGUCACGUUCAUUGCCUCAUCCAUCAGAACCUUUCCUCAUAGCAUUUCCUCUGAAAGGAGCAAAUGUUGCAUAUUGGACGCUGGCAACGAAAAUCGAACAGUUCAACACUCAUUUGUCUAAACAAGCAAGUGAUUUUUGUACGGCUUUUCACUCAGAACAACAACUAUUCGACCACUUCGAGAAGUUUACAGCUGGUACAGAAAAAACAAAAUUGGACGACGCUUUUCGUAAUUUGACAAAUGUAAUGAAUUCAAUUCCUUUGGUAAAAGCCGCAGGAAAAGAAGGAAGCGAAGAGAAUUGCACCUAUGAUCUUUUCCUGUUCCGCGCCGAGCUAGAGUUUUUCCUGGCACUCGACAAUGCAAUUAUAAAUUGGCUAGCUCAAUACGGUACACAUGAUCAUGAAUAUUUCUGUCCUGAAUGGCGAAGACAUUGUUUAUACGAAAAAAUCCGUCAAAGGAUUAGAGAAAUAAAGAAAAUCACAGAGGGAUUAAUCAAGAAUUUGCAUGGGUGGUUCGAUGGACGAACACAUGGUCGAAUCAAUGAGGACUUUGAUCAUUUCGUUAAAAAUUAUGUUGCCGAACGCUUCCGCAUAAAUAUUCCUGCACCUCCGAAACCAGAACCUAUGAGAGUUAAAGUAAAAUACGAGCAAGGCGGAUAUAAAAAUAAAAUGAUUUAUGAGCAUGAUGGGAGAAACAAAAUGAGAAUGAUCACAAAAGUCGCUCAUUCAAAUCCUAAAAUUGGAACAAAAAAGUUUACCAAUGAAAUGUAUAUGCCUAAAGCCGCUUUUGCAAAUCCCAACAACUUUUCCUUCAAUCAUCAAUAUAAUCAUGGAGUACAACAAGAUAUGUCAGAGGAAGGUGAUGACAAUGAGAUGAUGUAUAAGCCUAAAUCAGCUUAUAAAAAUCCCAACAAAUUUUCCUUCAAACAUGAAUAUAAUCACGGUCCUCAUAAUGAUAUGUCAGAAGAAUUGGGGGAAGGAGAUGAACAUGAAGGAAGUGAACAGAACGAAGGCGAACAUGGAAUGGACAUAGAUGCUAGUGAUGAAGGUGGAAUGCACACAAAUAUGGAGAUGAGCCAUGAAUUUGACCAACAUCCAUAUGGUGAUAUGCAAGACACUUCAAUAGAAAUGGGCCAUGAGGAGAUAAUGGACAAAAACGGGAAGAAACGUAAUGCUAUUAACUAUCGUUGCCGCGUCGGGGCGAAUGAGAUGAGCUAUCAAUUUGGCUAUGACCCUGCAUGCGCUGCAUAA